UUGUUGACGACCAUUUGACGACGCGGCCGCAUCAAAGAUGGCGGCGAAAUUUGAAAAAAAUUGUUUGAAUUUGAAAUUGAAAUAUCUGAUUUGAACUACUGAAACUCAAAGUUCCGUGUAGAAAUAUUCAGUACAUUCAUGUAUUUUUCGCUCCAUAAUGCUGGAAAUACGAAUUUCGUGAUAUUUUCAGCGCGAAUUCUCCAUAAUGGAGGAGGUUCCUGUGCGAGUGGCUGUCCGAGUAAGACCGCUGGUUGGUCAAGAAAGGACGCAUAAUGUUCCGAAAUGUAUCACAUUUGUUCAAGACAAACAACAGUUGAUCCUUGGUAAAGACAAAGCGUUCACAUUUGAUUUUGUGUUUCAACCCAGUGUCACUCAGGAAGAGGUGUACGAGACGUGUGUUGAACCUCUGGUCAAAGGAUGCUUUAAUGGUUAUAAUGCUACGGUAUUUGCUUAUGGUCAAACUGGCUCGGGAAAGACUUAUACUAUUGGCAGUUCAAAUACUGCCGAUGUUUUGGACGAGGAAUAUGGAAUGAUUCCACGAGCUUUGGAUCAGAUGUUUCACAUCAUACAAGAGAAAAAAGGCAGCGUCGAUCUCGUCGUAAGUGCCUCGUACAUCGAGAUCUAUAUGGAAGAAGUUCGAGAUCUUUUAGAUUUAGAAACAGCUGCUAAAGACAUUCACAUCAGGGAGGACGAGAAUGGAAAUACAGUAAUCAUGGGGGCAACAGAGCAAGUUGUCACAAGUGUGGACGAGGCAAUGAGCUGCUUGGAUACUGGUGCUGCUGGUCGCCAUGUUGGUAGCACUAACAUGAACGAACACUCGAGCAGAUCACAUGCAAUAUUCACACUUUAUAUUGAACAACACAUGAUUCAGAAAGAGGAACGAGCAACGGCCAACGAUUAUACUUCCGCAUCAGAUUUCAUGUCGGCAAAGUUUCAUUUUGUGGACCUCGCCGGCUCAGAGCGCGCUCAUCGUACCGGUAACGUCGGCGAAAGAUUCAAAGAGUCGGUACACAUAAACAGCGGUCUUCUGGCGUUAGGUAACGUCAUCAGCGCUCUCUCGGAUGCCAAGAAAAAGACGGGACACAUUCCGUAUAGAGAUAGUAAGAUUACACGAAUCCUGAAAGAUUCCUUGGGAGGGAACGCGAGGACGGUGAUGUUGACGUGCGUCAGUCCGGCUGCCGCCAAUCUUGCGGAGAAUUUGAAUUCGUUAAAAUACGCCAGCAGGGCGAGGUACAUAAAGAACAAACCGGUUGUCAAUCGAGAUCCUCAAGCAGCAAAAAUGGCUGAAAUGCAGGAUGAAAUCCAGGCAUUGCGGGAGGAACUUCAACGCACGCGUGCUAUGACAAUAGAAUCCGUGAGCGAUGUCAGCGAAGGAUUAAGGAUGAAAGAGUUUCACGUGGAAUUAGAGCGCGCUCAGCAGGAACUAGAAACAGUUCGCGGUCUAUUAGAUGAAGCGACUGCUCUCCUCGAUGAUGUGCGAAAGGGAAACGGAAUGAACAAAACUCAGAUGAACCAAUACGAACGACUUAGAAAAGGUCUGGAGAGCUUGAAAAAGCAGCGAAAUGUCGCGCAUCAAAGCUCUUUUGGAAAACAAUCUGAAGAAAUCAUCCAACAGCUUAAGAAACAACUAGAAAAGUGCAAGAAUGAUCUGGCUGCAGACAACGAGAUUUUUGCUAAGAGAAGUACGGAGAACGAUAGUUUAAGGACUCGCAUCAAGGAACUUGAACUGGAGAAUUUUAAUCUCGAUCAGCAACUGCGAGAAGUCAUGGAAAAAUUAAGGCGAUACGAUGAACAGUUGUUGAAGCAGCAAGUGCAGUUGAACACACGACUCGCGACCCCCGAGCAUGAUGGGAUCGAUGAAGUGCACGAGCAGAAAGUGGAAGGUCAUGUCAGCAAAUCUCCGGAUGAUAAUGACGAAAUGGAUAGAAUGAUGAGAAACUUCCGAGCCCGCAAUGAUCUUCUCGUUAGGCAAUAUGAAGACGAGGAUGUAGUCCGACAUUCCAUCUCCGAUUCGUCGGACAGCGAACAAGAGGAAAAGUCCGCUGUUCGGCCUUCGAAGACUCUGAGAAAGGCGAAAAACAAAGAGAAGUCCGAAAACGGGGUACACAAACGACACGUCAAAAGCCGUCAGUUGGCUUCGAAUUUUCGUGCUCCCAGAACAGCACAAUCGACUGUCAAGAGAAGAUCUGAACUUGCUAAGGAAACAAAGACGAUUGUGAAAGGAACGACGGAAAACGAAGAAAUUCAAAACCUUCGUCUGAGCGUGCAGACCAUUCAAAGCGAGGUUCACGACUCCGAUAUCAGAUUACGUGAAGCUCAUAUUCAACUUCGAGAUCUCAAUAUCAAUAUAAAACUCAAGGAAGAGCUGAUCAAGGAACUAGUGCGCAAUGACAAGGAAGCGAAUCACAUGAAGGAAACAUUCGCGGAGAAAGUCGAACUCAUGGUGAAAGAAGUCGAUAGACGGAAGAAAGAUUUGGAUGCGAUGAAAAAGACGUUAACUCAUUACGAAGUGAAGUCACAGCAAGAGCAACAAGAGAAACAGAAGAUGGAACAGGAGUACAAAAAGAAGCUCGAAGGACUCGAGGAACAGCUGAACGAGUUGAAGAGAAAACAGAAGGACAACGAGCGAGUGUCGGCACUUUACGAUGAACGCGAGAAGAAAUUGUCGGAUCUCGAGCAUCAUGUGGAAAGAAUGAGACAACAACAGGGAAACCUUCACAAGAGGUUGAAAGAGGAGAUGGACAAGAAAACGAAGAUGGAACGGGAAUUUCAGAAAGAUCAACAGCGCAUUAAGGAGUUGGAAGACAAAAAUAUUCAGAACGAGAAGAUUUUGAAGAGAAAGACGGAAGAAGUCGUCGCUGCGAACAGAAAAUUGAGGCGGAAAACUUCCAAAGAGGAGAGUGAAGAAGCUGGCAGACUCGACCAACGUCGUCAAUGGCUGGACACCGAGCUCGAGAAUGUCCUCGCAAAGAAACAAGCGAUGGAUGCUUUGCAAGAAGAACUUGAUAAACGAGAAGCCAUUUUGAAGGAACGCGAGCAGAUGAUAAAAGAGAAAAGUUCGCUAGAAAUGAAGAAGCUACGAUCAAGUCAAGUCUUGUCUAAGGACGUAUUGCGAAUGUCGACACAGCUUGAAAACGUGGAAAAAAGCAUUCGCGAGAUAGAUAUUGAAUUGAAAGAAAGUGAUGAUGAAACAACUCGCGAAGAACUUCGCAAGAACAUUGACGUUUUGAAAAGCGAGAGGUCCGAGUUGAUCACGCUGAGAAAAGAUCUUGAUUCUAUGUUGAGAGAAGGGAGCCUUUUGAGUGUGGAAGAUGAACGAAGACUAUUAGAGUACAACGAGGGCAUUGAAGCGCUGGACGCUGCCAUCGAGUUCAAAACGGACUUCAUUGACAAGCAAAGAAAAGUACUGAAUGCUGAAAUGGCAGAGAAUGGCUUCAUGACAAAGCUGAAUAGUUUAGGCCGAGAGGAUGCCAUUUUUCUUCUGUCGAAAUAUUUUCAAAAGGUGAUCGGUCAUCGCGAGAUCGAGCGAAAGCAACGCUUAGAGCACGAAGACUUAAUUCUUCGUGUGAACGAGCAAGAUCGCGUGAUCAGAGAACUUGAGCGAGGAUUUCAACAGGCCGAUUUGCGGGCUGAGCGCAGGCUAACUGAUCAGGCCAAAGAAUUUGAGCAUAAAGCGCAGUUUUAUAUGAAACAAGUCAAUGAAUUAGAGCAACAUGGCAGUAAGAAGGAAAGUCGCAUAAGCGAGCUGGAAAAAGAUUUGUACUAUUACAAGAAAAUCAGUCGAGAUUUAAAGCGAAAACUGCGAGAGUUGACUGGUAACGAUGGAGGAUUGGACUCGAUUCAGUUUUGCAGUGCACAAAGCGAGGCUCCUUCCCAAAGCGAGUUGAAACAACCUGUCGAGUCCGCUGGGCAAGAGCAAAAUUCGACCGUACGAAACUCUAAGAACGUAAUGCGAAAUGAUAAUGGACAUCCAUCAAGUACGACUCCUGUGCGUGUAUCUCGUAAAGAUCUUAGACAAUUGAGCGAAAAAGAACUAUCCGUCCGUCGCGUCGUACCCUUGACGAAGUCCGAUGUUACCUCUUCAAACGCGACACGAAAAUCGUCCGUCGAUCGGGUAUCUGUCGUUCGAUCGUCGGUAAAAAAUUCACCUCGUCAGAAAAAAUCUGUCGAAGUGAUUUCGCUGCAAGAUUCAAUUGAACAAAGCGGAAAUCCAUGGACUUGAGUGAUCAUCUAUAGCUUCAAUUCUUUUUAUUUAACAUAUAAGUUGUACAAAUGUAUCCUUUAACGCGAUCUGUUUUAUAAAUAGAACACAAUACGUAGAUUAUAUUUAUUCACAUCAACUA